GCCGCUGCCGCCGCCAUGUUGGAAGCGGGCAGCGGUGAGGGCGGAAGGGGCCGCACCGCUGCGUGGAAGAGACGUGGAAGCGGCACAGCCAUGGCGGCGGCGAAGCCCGGGGCUGGCGGCACCAACCUGCUCUUCUCCUCCUCCGCCACCGAGUUCAACUUCACCGUGCCCUUCAUCCCGGUCAGCCAGGCCCCGGCCGUGCCGCCGGGCGCCACUCUCCUCGCAGCGGAUGAUUCUGCAGAUGUUGGUGAAGAGGACAGCUUCUUGGGUCAGACUUCUGCCAGCCCUAAUCCACCACAGACUUUCAACUAUUUCUCUCAAGUACCCAGCAGCAGUGAUCCAUUUGGAAGCAUUGGGCAGCCACCCUUAGCAGCUGUUACACCACCCGUUGGAGCACCAGCCUUCUCCAAGCCUCCACAUUCUCUUCCGCUUGUGUCUGAGUCACAAGAUGGGCAAAAUGCCUUUUCACCUCAUAUCCCGAAGUCACAGUCCUCUUACGGUGCACCGCCCGCUUCACAGGUGGGAAUCACUGCUUGUCAGACUCUUCAGCAGAGCUGUCCCCCACCUGCAAAUGUUUCUACUCUUCCACAUGGAACAUCUCAGCAGGGAUAUAACCCUUACCGGCAUACCACCUUGAGUAGCAGAGCUAACCCAUACCUGACUCCACCACAGCUGCAGCAGAGUCAUCCUCCAGCCCAAUCUGUUCAUCCACCACCAUCUGUACCACCGGUCCAGAUGUAUCAAACACCUCCAGGAUCUUUGACACAGUUUCCACCAUCUCAAGCUCCCAGGCCCACAGGUCCACUGGUCCAGGCACCUCCUGUUUUGCUACAGAACCAAUAUGAGCCCGUUCAGCCUCACUGGUUCUACUGUAAGGAGGUGGAAGACAAGCAAAUAUGGAUGCCAUUCAGCCUUCUGGAUUCUGCAAAAUUAGAAGAAGUCUAUAACUCUGUCCAGCCUGAUCCUGAGAGUGUGGUUCUGAGCACUGAUGGGGGACGUUAUGAUGUAUACCUAUAUGACAGAAUGAGGAAAGCUGUUUAUUGGGAAGAAGAGCCUUCUGAAGUGAGACGAUGUAUGUGGUUUUAUAAGGGAGACAAGGAUAGCCGGUUUAUUCCUUACACUGAGGAUUUUAGUGAUAAGCUAGAGGCGGAAUAUAAAAGGGCUGUAACUACAAAUCAAUGGCACCGGCGACUUGAAUUCCCAAAUGGGGAGACAAUUGUUAUGCAUAAUCCCAAGGUCAUUGUUCAGUUCCAGCCCUCUGCCUCACCAGAUGAAUGGGGCACCACUCAAGAUGGUCAGGCAAGACCAAGGGUAGUGAAACGUGGAAUUGAUGAUGACCAUGAUGAAAUUCCUGAUGGAGAAAUGUCCCAAGUUGACCAUUUAGUAUUUAUGGUUCAUGGCAUAGGUCCUGUGUGUGACUUGAGAUUUAGAAGCAUUGUUGAAUGUGUUGAUGACUUUAGGACUGUCUCUCUGAAGUUGUUGCAGACUCACUUUAAGAAAUCUUUAGAGGAACAUAAAGUGAGCAGGGUGGAAUUCCUCCCAGUUCACUGGCAUAGUUCUCUGCAUGGCGAUGCAACGGGUGUAGACAGGAACAUAAAAAAAAUCACUUUGCCGAGCAUUGGACGUCUGCGCCACUUCACCAAUGAAACGCUCCUUGACAUACUGUUUUACAACAGCCCCACCUAUUGUCAGACAAUUGUGGAUAAAGUAGGGCUGGAAAUGAAUCGUUUAUACGCACUUUUCAUGAGUCGCAACCCAGACUUCAAAGGAGGAGUCUCUGUGGCUGGGCACAGUUUAGGUUCCUUAAUUCUAUUUGACAUAUUGUCUAACCAGAAGGACUUGGCUUCAUCAGUAAAUACUGGACCUUUCUCUGGUGUCAAUGGGACUGUAAAGGAUGUGGCUGUUCAUGAUAAACAGGUGGCAGAAGAUACCAGUUCCUUGGGCUCCUCAAUUGCAACUUCUGGUGAUGACCUUUGUGAGCCUGAAGUAGAUGAUGAUGUUCCUACUUUGCAGAAGACUCUGGAAAUGCUUAGUUUGUCAGAGUAUAUCAGCACGUUUGAAAAGGAGCGAAUUGAUAUGGAAUGUCUGCUGAUGUGUACAGUUGAUGACCUGAAGGAAAUGGGGAUACCUCUUGGACCAAGAAAGAAAAUCGCUAAUUUUGUGAAAGACAGAGCAGCUAAGCAGGAACAAAAGAAAGCAGCAGCAGAAAAGAAAGCCAUGCAGGUUGCUAUGCUCCAAACUCAAGAAGCUGCCCAGAAAGCCAGAGAGGCCAUUACUCCUGUAUCCCCUUCAGAGUCUGGUCAGCUGCACUCAAAGAGGAAGCUUCCAGUUGGUGCCUCUGUUUCUUCUGUGAACAUUGACUAUGAGUAUUUUGAAGUUGGAACUGGCCAGGUUUCUGUGGUUUACAGCGCAUUAGACUUCGAACCAGAUAUUUUCUUUGCUCUGGGUUCUCCUAUUGGUGUAUUCCUUACUGUGCGAGGAGUAGAGAAGAUUGAUGAAAACUACAGGCUUCCUACCUGCAAGGGAUUCUUCAAUAUCUAUCAUCCACUUGAUCCAGUAGCUUACAGGUUAGAACCGAUGAUUAUUGAAGACGUGGAUUUAAAACCAGUUCUUAUUCCACACCAUAAAGGCAGAAAAAGACUUCAUCUGGAGUUGAAAGACUCUCUAUCUCGUAUGGGAUCUGAUCUGAAACAGGGUUUUAUCAGCUCGUUGAAGAGUGCAUGGCAGACCCUUAAUGAAUUUGCACGUGCUCAUACUUCUUCAACUCAGCUACAAGCAGAACUGGAGAAAGUAGCUAACCAAAUACAAGAGGAAGAAGAAAAGCAAGUAGUGGAAGCUGAAAAGAUCACUGAAAGUCCAGACCCUCCAAAAGAUGAAGAUUUCUUAGUGAAGGUUGGAAAGCUAAAUGGAGGACGUCGUAUUGAUUAUGUUCUACAAGAAAAACCGAUAGAAAGCUUCAAUGAAUACCUUUUUGCUUUACAGAGUCAUUUGUGCUACUGGGAAUCUGAAGACACUGCCUUGCUGUUUCUCAAAGAAAUAUACAGGACUAUGAAUAUCAAUCCUGAACAGCCACAGCAUUAAUGUAUAGAUACACGAAUUUCCAAGCCUGUUGCUCUGACAAAUCUGCUGGAAAAACAAUUUGAAGAACCUCUAUUAUGUCCAUAGCUACAGGUGAUGGAAUAAGAGUUGGACUUUUUUCCCUGCCAGUCCAGAACUCAUUUGGAUUCUGCCGCCUUGUGUCACUUCAAGCAAAUUUAAUUUUUGAAAAGAUCAACACCAUCAUUCAAGAAGCAAACAGAAUGAUACACUUUUGAUCUUAAAUCAGUUUAAUUGUACAGUUGCCAAAGAUAAAGUGAUCAUUGAAGAAGUAUUUUUGGCAUGCAAAUGAUUAUUCUCUCCUUUAGCUAUCCUAUCUUAGCUGGUUGUCAAAUGUGUUGUCUAUCAAGGUAGCAUAUCCUUUAUUAAAAAGGACUUGUUGAAAAACAGCAAUAAUCUGCUUUCCUUGAAACACCUGUUGGUCCACCUUUUAAAAACAAAAUGUGAACUGUAGUUAUAACCAUCUUAAAUACAAAUUACAUGAAGCUGUUUGUAUUUACUAAAAACUAGCAACCAGAAUCAUUUUCUUACUAUUGUAAGUGUCAUAUGGAGAUUUUAUAAAGACCUUUUUAAGCCUC